AUCUUUAACAUUUUGUCCUAAUACAGAGCUCAAAUUUUAAUUUUAAAAAAUAAUGUGUCAAAAUAAGGUAAUUGUAUAAAACAAAAAUUUUAUGUGCAAACAUAAUCUACAUAUAAAAUAUGACACAUACCUAUGUUAUUUUUGAUAGGUAGACUCAUCUUAAUAAAAAGAAAUAAAAAUUAUUACUUGCCACAUAACUGUGUCAAAUGAACCGUACAUUCUUGCUAACGAGGCGAAGCAAGUUUUCUAUCUUGACGAUCCACUCAGAGGUCGCGAUUGGAAGGUUGUUGAAGAUAUUAGCCAUCGACAAAUUUGGGACAUUACUGACAACAAAGAUGAGACUGAUGUAGAUGUUGUUAGUGAUUCUAACUCUGCCAAUUUUGUGUUGACGGUUGAUCUUGGAGAGCUGAUUAUGCAAUCGAAUGAACCUCCAGUAAUUGUUGAAUCGUCCGAUCAGUUAGUGGAUUCUGAGAUAGAGAAUAAUGAACUUGAUGAAAAUUAUGUUGCUGAAGAAGUAGAUGAUUUACUAGUUGAACAUGUGGAGGAUGAAAAUGUAAACAUAGUGAAUGAUGAAAAUGAUAGUGAUUCUUCAGUGUAACUUUUAUUUUGUAAACAUUUGUUACUAAAAUUUUUUACAAUUAAAGGACUAUUUAAUUUCUUUCGCAUUAACAUUUGUGUGAUAUUUCAAUUAUGUGUUUCACAUUUGUGAAUUCUUACAUUUUUUUCCGUCUUCAAAGUAAAGUAAAAUGUCAGCUACGUUAGCGACAUACCACGGUGGGGAUGGUGAUGGCAGGGAUCCCCCUGAUCCUUCUAGGGUAUCGUCGUCUUGCGAAGCAGGUUUUCAUAUUUUUUCAAAUCUACAAUUGUUCUGAAUAUAAAUAGUGAAUGUAUGAUUUACUAAUAAAAUUAUUUUUUCCUCGAAUAUAUAUAGUUCCACCUCCGGUCAGAAAGGGUCGUGGGGUUGCCGCAAAUGCUAAUCUCGAAAAAAAAAGGAGAGAUGCUGGUAAGCCCUUGCCGGUGGAGGUAGAUCUUGAAACAGGCAAAGUUGUUGGCGCUGAAGCAAGCAAUUAUGUUCGAUUUAUUGGCCAACAAGUAAGCAUGUUGUGCCCGGGUGGUCAUCUUAAUUUUUCUGAUGUACCCCAACAAUACAAGGAUCAAGUGCUCAAUCGAAUUAGAUACUACUUUGAUAUCGAUGGGAAUCCCCAUCGAGACCUACUUAUGGGGACUUUAUAUUCGGUGAUGGCGGAGCGGUAUAGUGAGCGAAAGACACUCAGACACAAGCAUUUCAAACAACAUUACAAAAAACCAGAAGAUUGGGACACAGUUCUCAAAUUCCCCCCUGACUACUUGAAUACCGAGACUUGGAAACCGGUUUGCGAAUUGUUCGUUAGCGAGGCAUUUUUGAAUCGUUCAACUAAAAAUAAAUCGAAUCGACAACUAAUGAAAUAUCCAACAACGCAAGGCACAAAAUCGUUGGCGUCCAUACGCCACGGAAUGGGGGGUCCUCCUGGAGAGCAUGUAGUUGAAGCAUGGAAGGAGAUCCAUGUGAAAAAACCGUCUGGAACUUUCGUUAAUGAAUUAGCUGCAAAAGAUUAUGUAAGUGAUUAAAAUGAUUUAUUAUUAAAAUUUAUAUUUUAUAUUAAUUACAUAUUCUAAUAAUUUUGAUUUAAAUAGGAGGAACUGAUCA